CCUUUGCUUUCUGCUUCCCUCCGGUGAUAGUUACCGCCUUUGACCUAGGAAACUAUUUCAAGCUCCUUCAACCUUUCUCUCCUCUGAAAAGAAGCUUAUUAUCGAAUCAAAGUAAAUUUGUAGCUUUAAUUAUCGAUUUUCGAAUUGAAUUUUAGGCGUUGUAUAAUAGGAGCUGAGAAUUUAAAACGAUGUCGGAGAAGUUCUCGCCGACUCUCAGAAUCGGAGAUCUCAGUGAUUUCAUAGCACCGUCUCAAGCCUGCGUCGUUUCUCUCAAAGGACUCAAAGCAACCCCUAAGAAACCUGAACCUCAGGUUUUAGCUGGUAAGAGUCAGCAAACUGAACCAGUAAAAAUUUCACUCAAGGAUUGCUUGGCAUGUAGUGGGUGCAUAACCUCAGCGGAGACUGUGAUGCUUGAGAAGCAAAGCUUAGAUGAAUUCCUUUCCAAUAUUAAUAAAGGGAAAGCUGUAAUUGUAUCCCUGUCUCCACAGUCAAGGGCCUCCCUUGCUGCUCACUUUGGCAUUCCUCCACUAAAGGUUUUCAAGAAACUCACAACUUUUUUAAAGUCUUUGGGAGUAAAGGCUGUUUUAGAUACUUGCUGUAUUAGAGACUUAACGUUGAUUGAAACUUGUCAUGAAUUCAUUGCUCGAUAUAAACAAGGCCAAGCAACUGACGACGAGAAAAGCAAAUCCUCGCUCCCAAUGCUGUCCUCGUCAUGUCCAGGGUGGAUAUGCUAUGCGGAAAAACAACUAGGAUCCUAUAUUUUACCAUACAUAUCCUCAGUCAAGAGUCCUCAGCAAUCAAUGGGAGCUGCUAUUAAGCAUCAUAUAUGUCAAACAAUGGGUUUCAGGCCGGAGGAGAUUUACCAUGUAACUGUGAUGCCAUGUUAUGAUAAGAAGCUUGAGGCUGCCAGGGAGGACUUUGUUUUUCAAGCAGAAUCUAAUGAUGAAAGCCAUGCAGAUCAAGGUGUUUGUAUUCCAGAGGUUGACUCUGUCUUGACCUCUGGAGAAGUAUUAGAUUUGAUACAGUUGAAAGAAGUUGAUUUUGAUGCCUUGGAAGAGUCACCUAUAGAUAGAAUGUUGGCAAAUCUUGAUGAGCAAGGACAUCUUUAUGGUGUCUCAGGAGGCUCUGGAGGUUAUGCAGAAACUGUCUUCCGGUAUGCUGCAAAAGUUCUCUUUGGAAGAGAAAUUGAUAGCCCUUUGGACUUCAGAAUUAUAAGAAAUUCUGAUUUCCGAGAAUUGAGUCUAGAAGUGGAGGGGAAAACCGUGCUGAAAUUCGCCCUAUGUUAUGGCUUCCAAAACCUGCAAAACAUUGUCAGGAAAGUUAAAACAAGGAAAUGUGAUUAUCAGUUUGUGGAAGUCAUGGCAUGCCCUUCAGGUUGCUUAAAUGGGGGAGGGCAAAUCAAGCCAAAGCCAGGACAAUCUCCAAAGGAGUUAAUUAAAUCAUUAGAAGCCAUUUACAUGGAAAACGUUCUGGAAGCUGAUCCAUUUAAGAACCCUCUGGUAAAACGGUUGUAUGAUGAGUGGCUUGGGCACCCAGGUUCUGAAAAAGCGAAAAGGCACAUGCACACAGGAUACCACCCUGUUGUAAAAAGUGUCACUGCUCAGUUGCACAAUUGGUAAAAACACUUUUCUAACAUAUCUGGUCCUGUUUAACAUGGUAACUUUUCCUCUGUUGUCUCUCCUUGAGUGCAUGUUCAUUGUUUUUCGGCCGUGGCAUGUCUUCAUUGGUCGUUUAUUCCUUUCGUAAUUGCAUUUGCGAGGAGACCAAUUUUGAUAAGCAGAUAAUUUGUUUUGAAGAAAUUUAUUUAUUAUCACAAUCUUUUUUUUUUUUUGGCUACGUCUUUAUCGGAUACGGGUAUGUGUUCGAUAUUUCGUAUACUCGUUUGUUUUAACCUUUUAAUGUAUUUGAAGAAUCAUACUCAAUACGUACGUCCGAAUGUAUGUCAUGUACAACUGUCGGACACAUACUUUAUAGAAAAAAAAGGUGUAUGGGUAACAUAGCUUGUCAUGUAUUUGCUGUGUUAGAUAUUAGGCAAAAGAAGGAAUUGAUUCGUGUUCUUAAUGGUAUUUAGAAACAUUUUAUAGCAUAUAUGCCAGUGUGUUUGUUGUUAA